AGUGAGACCCAGAUAGGGAGAUCAGACUCACCAGGACCCAGCUGUGUGUCUAUGAAGAGUGAAGAGUCUAUGGAUUUUCCACUAAUGUUUAAAGAGAAGAGAGAAUCCUCACAUGGACACGGUGUGCUUCAGCGAGCAGGAAACAAGACAGAACAAAAUAUCUUAAUCAAAGAUACAGGGUGGAAAUCUAUAAUUACUGAACCUCAUCUUCAGGAGAGAUGCAAAUUAAAUCUGCUAAAGAAGUUUCAGCAUGUAAAUGAGGUGAUAACAAACCAGGGAAACCCAACACUUCUCAAUGAGAUCUACACAGAGCUCUACAUCACAGAAGGAGACAGUGGAAAAGUCAAUAAUGAACAUGAGGUGAGACAGAUCGAGGCAGCAUCCAGGAGAGCAACAACAGAGGAAACACCAAUCAAAUGCAAUGACAUCUUUAAGCCCUUAUCUGAAGAAGACAAACCCAUCAGGAGCGUUCUGACAAAGGGAGUUGCUGGCAUUGGAAAAACAGUCUCUGUGCAGAAAUUCAUUCUAGACUGGGCUGAAGGGAAAACAAAUCAGGAUGUUCAUCUCAUAUUUCCACUUCCUUUCAGAGAGCUCAAUUUGAUGAAGGAUCGAAACCUGAGUCUGAUGGAACUUCUUCAUUUCUUUUUUAAGGAGAUAAAAGAAACAAACAUUUCCAGCUUGGACAAAGUUCUGUUUAUUUUUGAUGGUUUGGAUGAGUGUCGUUUCCCUCUGGAUUUCCAGAACACAGUGAGGUUGUGUGAUGUAACUGAAUCAGCAUCAGUGCAUGUGCUGCUGAUAAACCUGAUCAAAGGGAAUCUGCUUCCCUCUGCUCUCAUCUGGAUCACCUCCCGACCAGCAGCAGCUGAUCAAAUCCCCUCUGAGUGUGUCCAUCGAGUCACAGAGGUACGAGGGUUCAAUGACCCACAGAAGGAGGAAUAUUUCAGGAAGAGGAUCAGUGAUCAGAGCCUGAGCAACAGAAUCAUCACACACCUGAAAUCAUUAAGAAGCCUCUACAUCAUGUGCCACAUCCCAGUCUUCUGCUGGAUUUCAGCAACUAUUCUAGAGAGAAUGUUGGGUGAAGCAGAGAGUGGAGAGAUCCCCAAGACUCUGACUCAAAUGUACACACACUUCCUCAUCAUUCAGACAAACGUCAUAAAGAAAAAGUACACAAAGAACAGAGAGACAAAUAAAAAAAUGAUUCUGAAACUGGGUAAACUGGCUUUUCAGCAGCUGAUGAAAGGCAACCUGAUCUUCUAUGAGGAAGACCUGAUGGAGUGUGGCAUUGAUGUGACAGAAGCAUCAGUGUAUUCAGGGGUGUGUACACAGAUCUUCAGAGAGGAGUUUGGGCUUCACCAGAGUAAAGUGUACUGCUUUGUUCAUCUGAGCAUUCAGGAACACCUCGCAGCUCUAUAUGUGCACCUGAAAUUCAUGAAUGAAAAGAGAAAUGUUUUUAAAAAGCCAUCCUUGCUGAUAUUUGUGCGAAAAGUUACGAUCUCAGAUGUCCACAAGAGUGCUGUAGAUCAGGCUUUACAGAGUGGAAAUGGACAUCUGGAUCUUUUCCUUCGCUUUCUUCUGGGUCUCUCACUGGAGUCCAAUCAGAUCCUCUUACAAACCAUAGUGAGACAGACAAUAAGUAGCUACCACAGUAACCAGGAAACAGUUCAUUACAUCAAGGAGAAGAUCAGAGAGAAUCCCUCAACAGAGAAAUCCAUCAAUCUGUUCCACUGUCUGUAUGAACUGGAUGAUCAUUCUCUAGUUGAGGAAAUCCAACACUACCUGCAAUCUGGAAAUUUACAACAAAGCGAACUUUCUUCUUCUCAGUGGUCAGCUGUGGUGUUUGUGUUACUGACAUCAAUGCAAGAACAGGAUGUGUUUGUGCUUGAUAAAUAUACCAACAAACACUGUACACCAGACGCGGUUCUUCUGAAGCUCCUGCCUGUGGUUGCAGCAUCCAGAAAAGCUCAGUUUAAUAAUUGUGGCCUAAAUGAGAAAAGUUUUGCAGCUUUAGCCUCAGUGCUCAGAUCGGAAUCCUCCAAUCUGAGAGAACUGGAUCUGUCUGAGAAUAAACUCACAGACUCAGGAGUGAAGCGUCUCUCUGCUGUACUGAAGAAUCCUCACUGUAAACUGGAGACACUGAGGUUGUGUGAUUGUGGUGUCUCAGAUAAAGGCUGUGCUGCUCUGACUUCAGCUCUGAGAUCAAACCCCUCACACCUGAGAAAACUGGAUCUGUCUAAGAAUAAACUCCGAGACUCAGGAGUGAAGCGUCUCUCUGCUGGACUGGAGAAUCCUCACUGUAAACUGGAGACACUGAGGUUGUGUUAUUGUGAUAUGUCAGACGAAGGCUGUGCUUCUCUGACUUCAGCUCUGAGAUCAAACCCCACACACCUGAGAGAACUGGAUCUGUCUGGGAAUAAUGUCAAAGACUCAGGAGUGAAGUGUCUCUCUGCUGUACUGGAGAAUCCUCACUGUAAACUGGAGACACUGAGAUUGCGUUAUUGUGAUUUCUCAGGUGAAGGCUGUGCUGCUCUGACUUCAGCUCUAAGAUCAAACCCCUCACACCUGAGAGAACUGGAUCUGUCUUGGAAUGAACUCAGAGACUCAGGAGUGAAGUGUCUCUCUGCUGGACUGGAGAAUCCUCACUGUAAACUGGAGACACUGAGGUUGUGUAGAUGUGGUAUCUCAGAUGAAGACUGUGCUGCUCUGACUUCAGCUCUGAGAUCAAACCCCUCACACCUGAGAGAACUGGAUCUGUCUGGGAAUUACCUCAGAGAAUCAGAAAUGAAGCAGCUCUUCAGUCUUAAACUACAGGACUUGAGGUUAUGAAGAAUUUUCAUCUGAUGCAGAUUCCAGAGAAGAUAUUUUUAAUGAAAUGUGUUCGACUCACAGCGGCAUUUCCUGAACAUUUAUUUUCUCACACUGAGAAAUAAUCUGAAUUAAAUGUAACACAUUUCCACAAAGUGUAGGUGCAGACAGUGUGUCUAAGAUCUAAAGAACCUGUGCUUGCUUGGUGUGAUUCUUCAUCAUCAUAGGACUUUACAGAAUGGUGUUACAGCACUACUAUCAGGAAUAAACACUUACUGAAGAUCAAUUCUUUAUUUUUAUUAUUACACAAUUCCACUGUUAUACCCUACAGAAUCCAGACAUCAUGGCAGAACACAGGUUCUGGUUAAGGUUCUAGUUGCUCUGGUCUACACUCCAGCCCAUGUCUUCCACCACCCCACCACUCUAUCACAUCAUCUGGUUGGAAGACUCUAAAAUCACCAUGGCUGAAGCCAUGACUAUUUCCUCAACAUGCUAUUGCUGCUCUGUGUUCUCUUUCCUGUAAAUACUGCUUUGUUUA